GGUCUUAAAUUUAUUUUACAAAUCGCAAAUGAGAAUUGAUCGAAAAUUUUUAAUUCGCUUACUUCGAUUAUGUGAGCACGAAUUAAUUUUAUCGGUUAUAAUACUUCCUCAUAUUUAACUAAAAUUAAAUUAAGAUAUCUGGGAUUUACCUCACUAUAUCGAAAAUAAUUCGCUAUAUCUGGCUGUGAUUAAUAUUUUUCUAACAUUUUUUGUGAAGUGUUUUGUCCCUAACAUUUUUAAAAGCUAUCUAAGUAAUAAACUUACAAACAAGUCUCUCUUUUGAAUUUAAGUCGUUGAAAUUUCCGAAAUAAUUAAGAAAUAUUUAUUUGGCUACGAAAAGGUUCUGAAAAAGCCAUCAAUUCAGAGUAACCAGUAUUUCUUCAAGUUACGAAAUAGACAAUUUCAUUUAGGCAGAGCACAAUUCGAUUGAGAGCGUAUGACAGUCACUCAGCACGAAUGCAAGUCACUUGACGACACUGAUAACAUUUUUCAACUAUCGACACUUGACAAUUGUAAACCAAAUGUCAUGAUCAAGCAGACGUUCAACAAUAAUGGACAAUGAAAACAGAAAUGGAUAUGAAAGAACGUGAUUAUGAUUGAUGGAGAAAGCGAUGAAAAGCGCAAAACCAAAUUUGUGGCUUUUCGCACACGACCUGCAAACAUACUAUACGUGCGCGCCACCACGUCGGGUGGCGCUCGUUAUUUAUGCAUAGAAAAAUAGUAAAUUGUGAAAGAACUGAUAUGAAGGCAAAAGUGUUGAAAUUCAUAACGGAGGAAGUGUGUAUGAGUAGUAGAAAAAUGGCUAGCACGAGUAGGCUCACAAAUGAUUGGGCAAUUACUGACAUGAUUAGGAAAUUUCAGACUUGAUAAUUAAAUAAUUUGAACGAAUGUCAGUGUUUCUAACAAAGCGUCAAAGUUGGACAAACGCUUAAAUAAAUUAACCGAAAAAUGACAGAGAGAGCCGGCGGAAAAAUGGCUAUGACUGAAGAGUGACUUCUUUGCUGCUCAUUUCGUCUCAAAGCUCAGCUUUAUUUGGUCGUUAUGUACUUACGUUGUUAAGAAAGAAUGUGUAAAGAGAAAUUGGAAAGAAAAGGUAGCUUUGGUGGCAAUGAAGGUAUGAACUUAGCGAACGUACCAGCAGUCGUCGCGCAUGCGUCAAGCGGCCUAGAAAGACUUGUGUUGUGAAUUGUAAAUGCUCGAAGCGAAAGGCAUAGUACAGCGAAUGCGCAGCAGAAAAGAAAGUGCACAAGAUAUGUGGUGGCUUUGUUAAAGGCGAAAAGCAAUAAAAAUCAAGCGAUUUAUUAAAUUUAUUUCAUAUAAGUUCAUUUGUUCCAAAAAAGUGAGCAGAAUAUUACGAGUAUAGUAGAUUUGUGGUUUAAAGUGUUAACUAUACUUGUGUCAUUAUAAGUGAGAGGUUUCUGAAAGCAGCUCACAACUAGAACAUUCACUGCAACUAAAAGUGUAAUAACAAAAGAUAAGACAUCCAAGAGUUACUUUUGAAACAGUUCAACGAACGAAAAGAUCGGAAGUUUAACUUCGCCGAUGCUCUUGGGAAGAAUAAUUUACACCAAAAAAGUAGUUUCCUUCUAAUUCCCCCAAAAUGAGCGCAAUUGUGGGCGCAGCCACGGCGAUAGGUGGCGCAGUAACAGCCGCUACCAGCAAUAGCUGGUUUAUACCGAUGUUGGUGGCCGCUAUUGCCUACUUUCAGUACGAAGAGAUUAUGGAUCCAGAAUCUCGGGCAGAAGAUUUGUCCACCGAUGACAUAUUAGAACGAUAUGAUUUUAUAGUGAUAGGGGCGGGGUCAGCGGGUGCAGUUGUGGCUAAUCGACUGACAGAGGUGGAAAAUUGGAAUGUCCUGUUAUUGGAGGCUGGCGGCGAUGAGACUGAAAUAUCGGAUGUGCCACUCAUGGCAGGCUAUCUACAGUUGAGCAAAAUGGAUUGGAAAUAUAAGACGGAACCGUCAGGCAAAUUCUGUUUGGCCAUGAACAAUGGACGUUGUAAUUGGCCGCGCGGUAAGGUGCUCGGCGGCUCAAGUGUGCUAAACUAUAUGUUGUAUUUACGCGGCAGUAAAAUCGACUAUGAUAAUUGGGAGGCCGCCGGCAAUCCGGGUUGGGGUUAUCGCGAUGCUUUGUACUAUUUCAAAAAAUCUGAGGAUAACACAAACCCAUAUUUAUCCAGUACACCUUAUCACUCCACUGGCGGCUAUCUGACUGUCGGUGAGGCGCCUUAUCACACACCGUUAGCGGCAAGUUUCGUUGAAGCCGGAGUUGAAAUGGGCUACGAUAACCGCGAUCUGAAUGGCGAGAAACAAGCUGGGUUUAUGAUCGCGCAAGGCACAACGCGACGUGGUAGUCGCUGCAGCAGCGCGAAAGCUUUUCUGCGGCCGGCCCGUUUGCGUCCUAAUCUGCACAUAUCUAUGCACUCGCAUGCUACACGUAUAAUGAUCGACCCAGUGACGAAAUUGGCUUUCGGUGUUGAAUUUGUUAAGAAUCAACGCAUAUAUCGUAUACGCGCGACAAAAGAGGUCAUUCUCUCGGGUGGCUCUGUCAAUUCGCCACAAUUAUUGAUGUUAUCUGGAAUUGGACCACGUAAAGAGCUGGCUAAACAUCGUAUACCGGUUAUCAAAGAGCUCAACGUUGGCGAAAAUAUGCAAGAUCACAUUGGCUUAGGCGGUCUCACGUUUCUGGUUAAUCAACCGGUUUCUAUUGUGGAGAGUCGCUUCCACUCCAUGUCGACAGUGCUGCAGUACGCUGUUUUCGGACAAGGUCCACUCACCAUACUUGGCGGCGUUGAGGGUCUCGCUUUCGUGAAUACAAAAUAUGCGAAUACUUCGCUCGAUUGGCCCGAUAUUGAAUUUCAUUUUGUUUCCGGCUCUACGAAUUCAGAUGGCGGUUCUCAGUUGCGCAAAGCACAUGGACUUACAGAUGCCUUCUAUCGAGCAGUAUUCGAAAAGAUUAACAAUCGCGAUGCCUGGAGCAUAAUACCGAUGUUGUUGCGUCCUCGUAGCAUUGGCUCGAUUAAGUUGCGCAGCAAUAAUCCAUUCGAUUAUCCGUAUAUUUACCCGAACUAUUUAAGUGACGAACUCGAUACAAAGACACUGAUUGAGGGCGCCAAGAUCGCUGUAGCGCUUUCUCGCACGAAAGCUAUGCAACGCUUCGGCUCACGCAUCUCAUCUAUCAAAUGGCCUGGCUGUCAGCAUCUGCAGAUGUUCACCGAUCCCUACUGGGAGUGUAUGAUACGUCACUACACCGUGACGAUCUAUCACCCGGUGGGCACAUGCAAAAUGGGUCCCUAUUGGGAUCCCGAAGCGGUGGUCGAUCCGCAAUUACGUGUGUACGGCAUACGCGGCCUGCGUGUAAUAGACGCGAGUAUUAUGCCCAAGUUGGUGAGCGCUAACACAAAUGCACCGGUGAUAAUGAUCGCGGAGAAGGGUUCAGAUAUGAUCAAGGAGUUCUGGAUAAAGAACACGAUAAUCUAGUUAUGCGGUUUGGGUUGGGUUAGGGUCUACGCUGCUAGGUGGGGUAUAUGCUUUCUUCAGUUUUAUGCAUGGGAAAACUUAGACAUUUUGUUAUUUAUUUAUUUUUAUUUUUUGUAUUUAAUCCAAAAAAGCAGAGUUUAUGUGUCAUGUAAAUAGAAAUUAAGUGGAAAUACGAAUUUUUAAAUUAUACAAAAUAUUAUUUGUAAUGUGUGUAUGAUCGAAAAAAUAUAUUAUUUUUAAACCAUACUUAAAAAGCAAUUUUAAUAGCAGGCUUCAACAAAAUUGAUCAAUGCGCCCU